AUGGCGAACCCCCGUGUCGAGGAGCUCCCUGCCGACGAGCCCACCAAGAACACCACCGUCGAGGAGCAGGAGGAUGAUGUCAGCGACGAUGACUCUGACGUCGAGGAGGUCGGAGGCGACCUCCCCGCCGGCUCCAGCGGUCUCGUCCUCUCCCGCAACGAGAAGAAGGCUCGCAAGGCUAUUGAGAAGCUUCACUUGACCCGCGUCCCCGGAAUCACCCGUGUCACUCUCCGCCGCCCCAAGAACAUCCUCUUCGUCAUCAACCAGCCCGAGGUCUACAAGUCCCCCAACAGCAACACCUACAUUGUUUUCGGUGACGCCAAGAUCGAGGACAUCAACGCUGCCGCCCAGCAGGCCGCCGCUUCCCAGCUCGCUCAUGCCGCGGCUCAGGAGGACCACUCCGGCCACAACCACGGUGACUCCGGCAAGGGCAAGGAGGUAGCCGAGGAUGAUAAGAAGGAGGAGGAAGACGAGGAGGAGGUUGAUUCCGAGGGCAUCGAGGACAAGGACAUCGAGCUCGUCAUGACCCAGGCCAACGUCUCCCGAAACAAGGCUGUCAAGGCCCUCAAGGAGAACGAUAACGAUAUCGUCAACUCCAUCAUGGCACUGAGUAUCUAG